AUGGCGCGAGACGGCAACGCAGACGCCCGAAACGACUGGAUCCUGGACUGCGGCGCUAGCGGACACCUCGUCAAUGAUGAGCGUAUGUUUCUGCACGCAGAGGAACGUAGAGAUGAGUUAUCACUUGCCGACGCCGAGAAGCUCGUGCUGAAUAAAGUCGAAGACUUGCGGAUCUUUGUGACCGCCGAUGGAAAGGAGAGCACUGUGCUACUCAAGAACGUGUGCCUUGCACCGAGUGUCGCGCGAACCAUCGUUAGAUACUGGAAGAUCGACACUAAUGUCUACACGUUGGCGAACGUGAGCGGAAAGCGAAUUGUUUAG